AUGAAUUGGAAUAAAGGUGGACCUGGUACUAAGAGAGGCUUUGGUUUUGGUGGAUUUGCCAUAACACCUGGGAAAAAAGAGGAGCCUAAGCUCUCUCAGCAGUCUCAUAGUGCUUUUGGAACAGCCGGUUCUUCUGCUGCAUUUGCGAAAUCAGGACCUCCUCAGCUGCCUUCUUUCUACAAAAUUGGGUCAAAGCGAGCGAAUUUUGACGAAGAGAAUGCGUACUUUGAGGAUGAAGAGGAAGAUUCUAGCAAUGUGGAAUUGCCGUACAUUCCCGCAGAGAAUUCCCCCACUCGCCAGCAGUUUCAUUCCAAAUCAGCAGACUCUGACAGCGAUGAUGAUCCUCUGGAGGCAUUCAUGGCUGAAGUGGAGGAUCAAGCUGCUCGAGAUAUGAAGAGACUUGAAGAUAAAGACAAAGAAAAAAAGAACGUUAAGGGUAUUCGAGAUGACAUUGAAGAGGAAGAUGACCAAGAAGCUUAUUUUCGCUACAUGGCUGAAAACCCCACUGCUGGCGUGGUCCAAGAAGAGGAAGAGGAUAACCUGGAGUACGAUAGUGAUGGGAAUCCAAUUGCACCGUCCAAAAAGAUCAUUGAUCCUCUUCCACCUAUUGACCAUUCAGAGAUUGAAUAUCCACCCUUUGAGAAAAAUUUCUACGAUGAGCAUGAGGAGAUCACCAGUCUCACCCCGCAGCAAGUGGUGGAGUUACGUCAUAAACUAAAUCUCCGGGUCUCUGGUGCUGCUCCUCCAAGGCCUGGCAGUAGUUUUGCUCAUUUUGGGUUUGAUGAACAACUUAUGCAUCAAAUUAGGAAAUCCGAGUAUACCCAGCCCACUCCUAUACAGUGUCAGGGUGUUCCAGUUGCCCUAAGUGGCAGAGAUAUGAUUGGGAUAGCUAAGACUGGAAGUGGCAAAACAGCAGCCUUCAUCUGGCCGAUGUUGAUUCACAUCAUGGAUCAGAAGGAGCUUGAACCGGGGGAUGGUCCCAUCGCAGUGAUCGUCUGCCCAACCAGAGAGCUCUGCCAACAGAUCCAUUCUGAAUGUAAGCGCUUUGGUAAGGCGUACAAUCUGCGCUCUGUAGCUGUGUAUGGAGGAGGAAGCAUGUGGGAGCAAGCCAAAGCCCUCCAGGAGGGAGCAGAGAUAGUUGUCUGCACACCAGGUCGUUUGAUCGAUCACGUGAAAAAGAAAGCUACAAACCUCCAGAGAGUCACCUACCUUGUGUUUGAUGAAGCUGACAGAAUGUUUGAUAUGGGUUUUGAAUAUCAGGUCAGAUCGAUUGCGAGCCACGUGCGUCCUGACAGACAGACUCUCUUGUUCAGUGCCACUUUCCGGAAGAAGAUUGAGAAAUUGGCCCGAGAUAUUUUGAUCGACCCAAUUCGUGUUGUGCAGGGAGACAUUGGAGAGGCAAAUGAAGACGUUACGCAAAUUGUGGAGAUUUUCCCCUCUGGCCCCAGCAAAUGGAACUGGCUGACUCGACGCCUCGUGGAGUUCACAUCUUCUGGGAGCGUUCUCCUGUUUGUCACCAAGAAGGCGAACGCAGAAGAGUUGGCCAAUAACCUCAAGCAGGAGGAUCAUAAUCUGGGGCUGCUUCACGGGGACAUGGACCAGAGUGAGAGGAAUAAAGUCAUUUCAGAAUUUAAGAAAAAGGGAAUCCCGAUACUGGUAGCUACUGACGUGGCAGCUCGUGGGUUGGAUAUUCCUUCCAUUAAGACAGUCAUUAAUUACGAUGUGGCUCGGGACAUAGAUACGCACACCCAUAGAAUUGGCCGUACUGGCAGAGCAGGCGAGAAGGGAGUUGCCUACACUCUGCUGACUCCCAAAGACAGUAACUUCGCUGGUGAUCUUGUCAGGAAUCUGGAAGGUGCUAAUCAACAUGUUUCCAAAGAGCUGCUGGAUCUAGCAAUGCAGAAUCCAUGGUUCCGGAAAUCACGUUUCAAAGGAGGAAAAGGCAAGAAGCUGAAUAUUGGUGGUGGUGGCUUAGGAUACCGUGAACGUCCCGGUCUGGGAUCAGAAAAUUCUGAUCGUGGAAACAACAACAGUGUGAUGAGUAACUACGAGGCGUACAAGCCAUCCACUGGGGCGAUGGGAGACAGGCUCACGGCAAUGAAAGCAGCUUUUCAGGCCGCCGCAGCGGCAAAGGGCGUCCCAGGUUUCACCAGCACGGGGAAUUUGAGCAGCGUUCCCACCUUCCCAAGUGUCGGAGCACAGGGCUUCAACAACACGAAUGCCAGCGCCAACAGUCGAGAAGGCGGCGGCGUUGCCGCUUCUGGCCUUUUUUUUGGGGUUGUCAGAGAACGCUACAGCGACAACCGGAACAGUCGCCACAACGAGGUCCCACGCCGUGGAGAGGGCAGCGGUCGCUACAACGAUGUGCAACGCCACGAUGUGCAACGCCACGACAUGCAACGCCACGGAGAAGGAGGAGGCGGUCGCCACAAUGACGCUUACCGCCACGGAGAGGGCCGGCACGGUGACAACCAUCGUCACAGCGAGAGCCGGCACUUCGCCGAUGCGGGCGGCGGCAAUCGCAAUAACAGCGAGAACAGGAAUAGCGGUGAAGGGAGGAACAACGAGAACAGGAAUGGCGAGAACAGGAAGGAUGCCAACAGCCGGGACAACAAGACAGAUGGUUUUGCUGUCCCCGAGCCCCCAAAACGUAAGAAGAGCCGGUGGGACAGUUAA